CACAAGAAUUACCGAGAACGGUGAUUUAGUUAUGGACGCAGCGUUAGUUGAACCUUUCGCGGCGCUCCUUGGCAGAAACCGUGUCCUAGCUGGGAAGAAAGUCCGCAAGUAUUACAAGAGGCGCUCAAGGCGAAUACUUGACCAGAUACCGGAGGAAGAUAUUCAAGCAUCGUUCACCUCAACAGAAAGAAGUGAACGUGACAAGUUUGGCCUUGGCUGUACGCUAAAGGGCAAGGUAUUUGUCAUAGAGAACAAGCUUCCGCAGUCUGAACUACCUGCCGUGGUGAAUGGAGUUCAUCAUACUGACGACCAAGACACCUUCAACGUUGGCGAGGUCGUCCUGACAUUCCAACUGGACAGCAAGUCAUACCUGCCGGGGGAGAUAUUCAACGCCGAUGUUGCGCCGCCCAUUGUUCGUGUUCUUAGGCCAGAGGGCCAGGUACCGCACCACCUUGUUGCAGUCUACCCCCACGGUGGCUUUGAAUGGUUCACGGACUCCGAUCUGCGUCACACUGACGUUACGCUACUCAAACGGCUUGAAAGCCUGUCCACGGAUCAAGGUGCCAAGGAUGCUUUCAAAAUUGCUCAGAACCCAGCCAAAUGGCGAACAACCUUCAACGCAUCGCUUAGAGUGAUGGUGGAAGCUCGCAGAGCCACGGAUAUCGAGCAUGAUGAGAAGGCUAAAGCGAAAGAGGAUUCUCCACCUGAAGAUGGACAACUACGAAGACUUGCAGCCCAGUCGUCACCUUCGUUCUCAUGCUCAUCUUCUCGGUCCAGACAGGUAUGAAGUCGGUGAGUUAGUGCUAGGCAAACUUCAAGGACACCCUCCUUGGCCCGGGAAAAUUGCGGACCCUCAUAAACUCCCCAUGCAGAUUGCUCUGGCAUGCCCAGAUCGGGAUGAUCCGGACGUCUAUCCGAUCCGUUUCUAUCCUGACGGUGAUUACUGGUGGGUUCGGCACACCGAAAUUGUACGCCUCGAUCAGGAGCGCGUGGCAAAGUUUGUCCGUGAGACGCGCGCCAACUUCGGUCCGUUACUUGAAGGAUACAAGAUUGCACGGGACACCACAGAGUGGGAGGCCAACAACCCCACACCUGAAGAUGUUGUAGACCUAUACCGCAUUGAGAUGCCUGAGAAACCUAAGCCCAAGGAGCCCAUAUCCAAACCAGUGCACGGGAAGCGCAAGCGGGGUCCCCAUCGGGAGGACAGCAAUGAGCCACAACCGCACAGGAAACGCAGGCGCGGCGAGCGUUACCCCGAUGGAGAAUUUAUGGCCAAGCGGAGGCGCAAGAUUCACAGUUUCUCAGCGGCUGAGGAAACACCGACCGAUAACGUGAAGUAUGAGAAUGAGAGCGCGGAACCCGAUAUACCUCCUCCAAUGUCGCCUCGCACUGCCGCGGCGGAGGCAGCUCAGGAGAGAAAGAACAAGUUGCUCAAGACCAGGUGGUUGCUGCAGAAGACGUUCCUGAGCACGGAUAGGCCAAACGAGUUGAAAUACCCAGAUGCGUCGCGCGUUUUAGAGGAGCUGCGGAACAACACAGAGAUCACCGGCGCACUUCUCCGUGAAACGAAGCUUCAAAAGGUCCUAAUGGGUAUCACCAAAAUGGACUACAUUCGGAGCGAUGAUGAGUUCAAAUUCCGCAGUCGGGCGAAGGAGAUCCUUAAGUCUUGGGAGCAUAUUCCACUUCCUGACAUUACCGGAGCCGGUCCUGGCACCGGUGUUGGCCACGGUAUAAAUGGCGCUGGAAACAGCGUAAAUGGAGACCAUGUGGAGAGUGGGGCGCGUCCGGACCCGCUGGUUGUCAACACCCGUGUUGUGAAUGAAGGGGGGGACGGGGAGCCGGACACGGAGCGCAUGACGAGCGUGCCGCGUGGGACGAGCGACGGGCUCACGCCUAUGGGUAUUUUUUCACUCCUGCCGGGCACGAGCAUGUCGCCUAAGGAGGCGCGAGAGCCUGGCAAGAUCUGAACUGAUUGGUUAGCAUACUUGGUGAAAGCGGCCCCAUCACGACCUUGCAUACACGAAAUGCGUCGUACUAUGAAUUGUUUGCUGCUUAUUGGGAGAAGCGGAUACAGCAUUGAAGAUGCGGUGUAUACGAAAUGCCGUCAUGCUGUGCGUAUGAUUUUGCUCGAAGUGCUCGGAGCGAAAAAUCUCGUUCUUUGUUCUAUUUACCCCUUCUACUUUGCUCCUUCGCACGUGUUAUCGUAGUCCUAUCUUUCUUCUUAUCCCCCCACGCCUGCCCAUCUGUUCAUACCACCUCCAACUCCGACCCAUGUUCUACUAUGUU